CAACUACCGUUCGUCCUGACCGCCUUGGCUCAGUGAUGUCUCGCGGCUAAAGUGUUGAAAAAUGAUUAUUUUCACACCCGGUUUGCAUUUAGUCGAAAUCAACGUUACUGUAACGAAUAGCUGCAGAGGGCGAAGCCAUGUUUGUCUGAGCCUUUGAGGCUGUGUACUGCGGACAUACCAGCGAAUUUUUGGCGUCCCCGUAUCCCAAACCACCAGCACAUCAACAAAAAAGUGUAUGAUUCAGCAGGAGAAACCGCAGCUGCUCGGCACCAUGCCUGUCGUGUGGCCCACGCUUCUGGACAUCAGCAGAGAUGAGUGCAAGAGAAUACUUCGCAAGCUGGAGUUGGAAGCGUAUGCUGGGGUCAUAAGUGCACUGCGAGCGCAAGGAGAUCUCACCAGGGACAAGAAGGAUCUGCUGGGGGAGCUGACUAAAGUGCUGAGCAUCUCCACAGAGCGUCAUCGGGCAGAAGUGCGGAGAGCUGUCAAUGAUGAACGCCUCACCACCAUUGCAUAUCACAUGUCGGGGCCCAAUAGUUCGUCGGAGUGGUCUGUGGAGGGUCGUCGUUUGGUGCCUCUGAUGCCCAGGCUGGUGCCCCAGACGGCCUUCACAGUCACAGCCAACGCCGUCGCCAGCACUGCCGCCCACCAGAACGCCUCCCUACUCCCGCCAGCAGAAACCGGCAACAAAGAAGUGGUAGUGUGCUACUCCUACACCAGUACGACAUCCACCCCCACCAAUGUGUCGGCCCCCAGCGGCAGUGGAGCUCCUACGGUGAAGUCGCCUCGUCCUGCCAGCCCCGCCUCCAACGUGGUGGUGCUGCCCAGCGGAAGCACCGUAUACGUCAAGAGCGUGAGCUGUGCGGACGAGGACGAGAAGCCGCGCAAGCGUCGGCGCACCAACUCGUCGAGCUCGACGCCGGUGUUGCUGAAGGAGGUGCCCAAGGCCAUGCCCUCCAUGCCAGCCAUGUCCAAGACCAUCACCGUGCCCGUCAGCGGCAGCCCCAAGAUGAGCAACAUCAUGCAGAGCAUCGCCAACUCCCUGCCCCCGCACAUCUCCCCCGUCAAGAUCACCUUCACCAAGCCCACCACACCCACCACCAACACCACCACGCAGAAGGUUAUAAUCGUGACAACCUCCCAGAGCUCCAGCUUUGUCCCCAACAUCCUGUCUAAGUCCCACAACUACGCGGCCAUGUCCAAGCUGGUGUCUAGCUCCAUGCUGACCUCCUCCAGCCAGAAGCAGACCGUGGUCAUCCCGGCCAGCUCCAGCCCAGGCCCAGUCUCAGGCUCCGGCUCCGGGGCCAGCCCUGUGGCGGUCACCACAGUGGUACCCUCCACCCCCUCUGUUGUCAUGUCAACUACUGCUCCAGGUGGUUCUUCAGCAGCUGUGAAGGUUGCCAGCGCCAGGCUCCCGUCCCCCAAGACGCUGGUUGGCACCCCGACCCAGAUCCUGGCCCAGUUCCCCAAGAGCCACCAGCACCAGCACCAGCACCAGCCAGGCAAGCCGGUGCCGCAGGGCAGCCCAGUGCAGGCCUCCCUCGGGCAGGCGCAGGCCACCGCCACCUCCCCCAUCAGCAAGCCCACCAUCCAGAUCAAGCAGGAGUCUGGAGUGAAGAUCAUCACGCAGCAGAUGCAGCCCAGUAAGAUCCUCCCCAAGCCCUCCUCUGCCACGAUGCCUAGCAGCAAUGCCUCUCCCAUCAUGGUCGUCAGUAGCAACGGAGCCAUCAUGACCACCAAACUCGUCUCCACACCCACAGGUACGCAGGCCACGUAUUCUCGGGCGACAGGCACCCCCACCAUAGCGGGCCGCAUGUCCACGUCACCAGGGGGCGCCACUUACGUCAAGACCACCAGUGGCAGCAUCAUCACCGUGGUACCCAAGUCCCUCGCAACCCUGGGCGGCAAGAUCAUCAGCAGCAACAUCGUGUCUGGUACUACGACAAAGAUAACUACAAUCCCCAUGACCUCCAAGCCCAACGUCAUAGUGGUGCAGAAGACGACAGGCAAGGGGACCACCAUCCAGGGACUGCCUGGCAAGAAUGUGGUGACCACACUGCUGAAUGCAGGGGGAGAGAAGGCCCUUCAGGGCGUCCCUGGAGGCAAGCCUGCCAUCAUCACGGCCUCGCGCCCCAUCACCAAGAUGAUCGUCACCCAGCCCAAAGGCCUGGCCUCGGGCCUCGGGCAGCCCACCACCACCACCAAGAUCAUACCCACCAAGAUCGUCUACGGGCAGCAAGGCAAAACUCAGGUGCUGAUCAAGCCCAAGCCGAUGGCGUUUCAGACGGCGGUGAUGAGCGAGCAGACGCGGCAGCUGGUGACCGAGACGCUGCAGCAGGCGGCCCGGCCCUCGGAAGGGGGCGGAGCUACAGGAGGCCAGGAGGGCGGGGCCAAGGACGAGCAGGAGGGCGACUCGCCUCCCUCAGAGGCCAUGCAGGCUGCUCAAGAUGCCCAGACUGUAGUUCGCGUCAUCACCUCCAGAGGGCAGGAGUGGACUGAGCAGGAGGUGGAGAGCAGCCCCACGAUAAUCUACCAAGACGUCUUGGGGGACUCCCAGUCGGCUACCUCCACCAUCAAAGCACUGCUGGAGCUGCAGCAGACUACAUCAGGCAAAUUUGCGGCGUCUAGUGCCUCUGCGGAUGCUUCUGUUGUCGAGGUGACAUCAGCUAGUCCCCAGCAGCAGCAGCAUCAGCAGCAGGAUGUGUCGGCUCUCUUCAGUACCCAGACGCUGGUCAUCGGGAAGGCCAGCCCAGUCUCAACCGCAACCGCCACCGCCGCCUCGCAUUUCAUUCAACAGGCCAGAGGGAGCCCGUCGGUGUCCAGUAAGCAUCCUGAGGAUCAGGUGAUGGCGAUGGAGGAAGGCGGAGGAGGAGGAGAUGUGGAGGAGGAUACGCUGGACCCCCAGACCGGCCUCUUCUACAAGUCCUCCUCCCAGCCCCCCAACACCACCACCGCCCAGCAGCCCCACCCACAGAGGACCACGCCCGCCGCAACCCAACCAGAACCCAGCCGACCUAAACCCAUACCCACACCCACACCCACACUAACACAAGCCCCUCCAGCCCCACCUCCACCACUACCAGCCCCACCACCACCACCAGCACUGGCGCCGGCACCACCACCGCCACCACAACUCACCCCAGCCCAGCAGAGCAAGCCUGCCCCUAGCCAACCCUCUUCCUCCCCCUCCCCCUCCUCUUCCGCCGCCGCCUCCUCCUCAUCACCCACUAUCACAGCUCCAAAGAAGGCAGUCCAGUCACAGGAGCUUGGUCCCUCAUCAUCAAAGGAGAAGUCCUCCUCCUCUUCCUCCUCCUCUUCCUCUUCUUCCUCCUCCACCUCCUCCGGUUCUGGGUCUGGUUCCUCUGGGCCCCACCCGGUAGUGGUGUUGUCUAUGAAGCCCCCCCAAAUGACCCCACAGCUCCCCAAGCUGCAGCAGGCCCCCACCUCCCACAACCGGCCCAAGCUCCACUCGCCGCUCUCCCACCCCCCGCCGCUGCAGGCUCACCACCCCGUGGGCUCGCACCACGCCGCGGCGGCCGACAAGUCUUCACAGCCACAGAUACAGCAGCCCAUUAUUACACAGGGGGCCACGAUGACCAAAAUCACCUUCGGCAGUCACAUGUCCCCCCCUGGAACCAGCAGUGGCGUCGGCUGCAGCAGCAGCAGCGCCGGAGAACCUUCUGGAAAGCUGCUUCCGGAAUCCAGCUCAGGCCUGGGCCAUUCCAGCGAGAAGUCCUCCUCCUCCUCCUCCUUGUCCUCCUCAUCCUCCUCCGUGUCGGACAUCUUGAAGAUCUCCAUGAUGGAGGCGGAGAUCGACCCGUGUGCCGAGCCCAUGAUCGUGGACUCCUCUAGCGACUGCGAGAGCUUCUCCAAGGGCUCCAGCUCCACGUCUCUCAUCAGCAGCUCUGCGGCGGCGGCAGCGGUGCUGCACCACUCGAAACAGCCGCAUGGCAGCAAGUACGGACACGUGCCGGGACUAGGACUCUCAACGGCCCAGAAGAACAAAGACCUGGACGUCAUUCAGGUCAUCCCGCAGUACUCCAUCAUGCCGGACUCCAGCCAGUCCAACGUGGUGGUGGAGCAGAGUGGUUUCCUGGAGAUCACCGACUACACUAGCCAGCGCCUCGACGACGAGAGCAUCAUGGAGCAGGAAGUGGACAGCAGCAACGACGAGGCGGCCGCCGCCAGCCCAUUGGAGGGCUGCGCUGACCAAUCGCAAUGAUGAGAUUUUAGCUGCCUCAAGCCCGUUUGAUGCAUGGGCUGGACGGGCCAGUCACAAUGAGACUUGGUUUCUGUAAGCUCAUUGGUGUGCUUUGUGCAAUCACAGCGAUGGGACUUGGCUGCUGUAAGCCCAUUGGUGGAGGGCUGUGUGGACCACUCAAUGUAAGUAAUGAGACCUGUCCGCCGCAAGCCCCAUAGUUUGGCUGUUUGGACCAAUCAUAAUGACAAUGACUGUGGUCACAGUCACCCAUGAGAGCUGGCCCACUGCAAGCCCAUUGGAGGGAAGGCUGUGUGGACCAAUCACAGUGUUGUAGCCAAUGGUGGUACGCCUUCUUCCUUAUUACCCACUUUCACACUUGGGAUUUCCUUAGGACAUUAAGACAAUGAGCUUCACAGAAGUAGCAGAUCGACGGGAAAACUCUCAAAGGGAAAAGCAGUGACGUUUGACGGCAACUUAUUUUUGUCUCAAUGAUUUGGGGAGAAAAAAAAACAUUUUUUAAAGUCAAUCAUAACUGAAAGUAACUUGCAACAAAAAGGAUUCAAGUAUUGUGUUUAUUGAUGUAGUUUCUCAUGGCACUUCAGAAGUCAAAUCUUUGGGUUGGUGUAUUAGCAGAUGUACCUGUUGUGUUUUGUUAGAGAUGGUGUAACCAUGAGUGGCCAUAUUGUAUCUGUCAGUGUAACAACACAUGUGACUUGUGUUUUAAGUAGACUAAAUGACAUUGCUACCACUUUCUCCUAAAUGACUGGACUUUCUUGGAUUUCUGUGCAUAUUACAAUUUCUUCUUUUGUAAUGAAACCUAUCUUCUUUGAACAACUUUUUAACAAUUUUGCAUUCAUUUUUUUUAAUGUCUGGCCGAGCGUGUAUGUUUUGUACAUAGUGAAUAAUAUGUGUACCUAUCUUCAACAAACUGUAACAUAAAUGUAUCUUUUGCAUACAGUAAUGCUUAAUCCUCUCCAUGAAGGAAACUUCUGGCUUCUUCCCUACGUUUACUGAGGGCUACAUUUGUAGUACGUAAAAAAAAAAGAUAAGCUUGUGAAAUACGAGCGCAAAGCCAGCGCCUGUAGAAGCCUAAUUAGCGAAAAUCCACCAAGCAAGACCAAGUCAUUAAAAAGCUUUCAGUCUGA